AGUAAGCGUUGGCACAAACUAUGGAAGCCGCUUCACCCGAGUUUCGUCCAGACCACCAGGACUGAUUUAAAGAAGAUAACCUCGACUGUCCAUCCUACCGCUGACUACAUGACUUGAGACUUCCUACAAAUCCUUUUCCAGAGAAGGAUUGACUACGAGCACCGCAUAUUGAUCGUCUCGGCGUCUUAGUCAGAGCGCUGCUUUGAGACUCGGGAUCGAGAGCAGCGUGAUAAAUGCUUUAAGCAUUCCAUGAGAACAGUCAGCAAGAUACAACCGAGGAGUCAUAUAUAUUCGCUGUUGAGACAGCACGAUCUUGAUUGUCUCAGGAAGUCUCGCGAAACUUUUCCGGCACUAUGCUUGAAGCACUAUCGCCCACGACGCUAUCGUUCGUCUUCCUCACGCUAGGCUACUUCUUGAUCCGGUAUCUCAACUCCACCGACCAGUCCAAGAUCAAGGGCUUACCAGAAAUCCCUGGCAUUCCGCUGUUCGGCAACCUCCUCCAACUCGGCCAGGAUCAUGCACGAGUGACUGGGGCUUUGGCAAAGAAAUACAAUUGGCCUGUCUUCCAAAGUCGACUCGGCAACCGCCGUAUCAUUUGGGCCAACACUUUCGAUUCAGUCAAACACUUCUGGAUCACCAAUCAGUCAUCUUUGAUCUCGCGACCAACGCUGUACACUUUCCACAGUGUCGUUUCCAGCAGCCAGGGAUUCACGAUUGGUACGUCACCAUGGGACGAGUCCUGCAAGAAACGCCGCAAGGUGGCUGCCACCGCCUUGAACAGGCCGGCUGUGCAGAGUUACAUGCCUUUCAUUGACCUUGAGAGCUGCGUGGCUAUCAAGGACAUGUACAAGGACAGCAAAGAUGGGACAGUCGAUCUGGAUCCGCGCAAGUACUUUCACCGUUUUGCGCUGAAUACCAGCUUGACCUUGAACUAUGGUAUUCGCAUCGAUGGUGGUAUUGACCAGGAACUGCUCCGAGAAGUUGUCCACGUCGAACGAGUGGUGUCCAACUUUCGGAGCACAUCCAAUAACUGGCAGGACUACAUUCCUCUGCUGCGACUGCCACUCAUCUCUCGACAGAACAAAUCGGCAGUUGAAUAUCGAGAGCGACGUGACAAAUACCUUACCACUUUCCUCGACAUGCUCAAGGAUCGCAUCGCCAAGGGAACGGACCGACCCUGCAUCACUGGCAACAUCCUCAAGGACCCUGAAGAGACCCUUAACGACGCCGAAAUCAAGUCCAUUUGCUUGACUAUGGUCUCGGCCGGUAUCGAUACCGUCCCCGGCAACAUGAUUAUGGGCUUGGGAUAUCUAGCGUCGCCUGAAGGUCAACACAUUCAACAAAAGGCUUAUGAGGAGAUCAUGAAAGUGUACCCGAACGACGGCGAAGCCUGGGAGAAGUCCCUUCUGGAAGAAAAGGUGCCAUACGUUACAGCCUUGGUCAAGGAGAUCCUCCGCUUCUUUACCGUCAUUCCUGUCUGCCUACCGAGAACCAGCAUCAAGGACAUCAAGUACAACGAUGCGGUCAUCCCAGCAGGUUCGGUGUUCUACAUGAAUGCUUGGGCGGCGGAUUACGACGACACCCACUUCAAAGACCCCGCGAGGUUCAUACCAGAACGGUAUUUGGACGACCAAGAAGGCAGUGGCACACCGCACUAUGGAUAUGGGGCGGGCAGCAGGAUGUGCGUGGGCUCGCACUUGGCGAACCGCGAGAUCUAUACUGCAUUUCUGCGGAUGAUCGUCGCGUUUGAGUUGGUGCCGGCCAAGAACCAGACAGACUGGCCGAUCUUGGAUGCUCUGGAAUGUAACUCAAUCCCCACGGCGUUGACGACCGAGCCAAAACCGUUCAAGGUGGGCUUCAGAAUUAGGAACAAGGCUUCGCUUGAUCGGUGGAUCCAGGAGAGCGACGCGAGGACCAAGGAUUUGUGAUGAAUGACGGGCAAGUGUGUAUUAUAGCACAGCGUGCAGCGGUUCGUGGCUCGGUGGGUUGAAGACAAGAAUGACGAUACUUUGCAUGAUCAGUGAUAUACAACAGUCUUGUCAUUUGUGUUUGCUACAGGGCAAUCUGAAAAGGCUUUCCUGUUUAAAGUGGAAGAUUAUGGUUCUUGAUCGCUCCUUCGCAUUUGAAUGGAUCU